CGGGGGAACGGGGAGGGGGGACAAACAUGGCCGACGAGGCAGGGGAGGUAAACACAGCUGUAGAGGAUAGCGAAGCAGAACAACAGCUAGAUGAGUCCGAAGUUUCGGAAGCCGCGCCCGAGGCCGAGUCCGGCGGCAGCGACGGGCAGGAGCGGACGGAGAAGCCAGCUCCGGCCGCGACGGAGAACAGCUGGUCGGCUCCUAUCCUGUCUCUGGCUCGGAAGGCCACGGAGACGAUUAGCAGCGGGGUGAGCUACGCUGCUGCCCAGAGACACCCCUCACAGGGAUCCGCUCCGAGCUCUCCGCUGGAGAAAGAGCCCGAAAAUGAGCUCAACAACACUUCAAAGAAACUUCCAGUUCUGCCCCCCAAAGACCCCAUGGCAAUAGAAAGGUCCAACCUCCUCAGCAUGAUGAAGCUGAGCAUCAAAGUAUUAAUUCAGUCCUCCUUAAGUCUGGGCAGGACGCUCGAUUCAGAUUUCCCUCCUCUGCAGCAGUUCUUUGUCGUCCUGGAGCACUGCCUCAAACAUGGGCUGAAAGUCAAGAAAUCCUUCAUUGGUCAGAACAAGUCCAUAUGGGGACCUCUGGAACUGGUUGAGAAGUUGUGUCCAGAGUCUGUUAACAUUGCCACAAGUGCCAGAGACCUGCCCGGCAUAAAGACCGGCCUGGGGAGAGCAAGGGCUUGGCUGCAUUUAGCACUCAUGCAGAAGACAGUAGCUGACUACAUGAAAGCUUUGCUGGACCGCAAAGAUCUCCUGAGUGAGUUUUAUGACUCCGGAGCAUUGAUGAUGGAGGAGGAGGGGGCAGUGAUAGGGGGACUGCUGGUGGGCCUCAACGUAAUUGACGCUAACCUCUGCAUUAAAGGGGAGGAUCUUGAUUCUCAGGUGGCAGUCAUCGACUUUUCUCUUUAUCUGAAAGACGCUGCCAACAGUGAGACUUCAAAAGAUGAUGCCAAGAUGACAGCCAUUUUGGAUCAGAAGCACUACAUUGAGGAGUUAAAUCGUCAUCUAAGCGGCACCGUCACUGACCUUCAGGCUAAGAUGGAAUCUAUUGAGAAGACCAACAGCAAACUUGUAGAGGAGCUGACGGCAGCGACAGACAGAAUCAACUCUCUGCGGGAAGAACAGGAACAGCUAAGAAAGGAGAAUGAGACGAUCUUGCAGUCCAGCCAGAAAAAGGAAGAGGCAGCCCUUCAGGACAGCCAGGUGGAGCUGGAGACGUACAAACAGACUCGACAGGGCCUGGAUGAGAUGUACAACGUGGUUUGGAAGCAGUACAAAGAGGAAAAGCGCAUUCGCCAGGAGCUGGAGCGUGAGUUGGAGCUCCAGGUGGGCCUGAAGCAGGAGAUCGAGGUGGCCAUGAAGCUGCUGGAGAAGGACACACACGAGAAACAGGACACGCUGGCAGCCCUGCGGCUCCAGCUCGACCAGGUCAAGACUCUGAACCUGCAAAUGUUCCACAAAGCUCAGGACUCAGAACGUGAGGCAGAAAAAAAGCAGGCGGAGGCUGUGCAGCUUGAGCAGAAGAUGGAUGAAAUGGAGAAAGCCAUGAUGGAACUCGAGCAGAGACUUCAGAACUCGGAGCAAGAGCGCAAACAAAGCGACCAGUCAGACAAAGAUAUGAGGGUGGAGCUGGAAGGAAAGGUGGAUGCUUUGCAGAAACAGCUGUCUGACCUGGAUACACUAAGGCUGGGUUUGGAGAAUGAGCUGCGCACUGAGAGGGAACAGAGACAAAGCCUGCAGAAAUCUCUCCAGCGGGAACAGGACAACAGCAUAGAGCUCCGCACACAGCUGCAACAACUCCAGGGCCUGCACACGGAGCUGCAGGAUUUGAAGCAUGAGAAGCAGCAGCUGCAGCAGACGUGUGAGCAGCAGGAGCAGGCUCUACAGGAGAUGGGACUGCAUCUCAGCCAGUCUAAACUUAAGAUGGAGGACUUCAAGGAGGUCAACAAAGCUCUGAAGGGCCACGCCUGGCUGAAAGAUGAUGAGGCCACUAAUUGCAAGCAAUGCGAGAAGGAGUUCUCCAUCGCACGCAGAAAGCACCACUGUAGAAACUGCGGAGACAUCUACUGCAACAGUUGUUCCAGUAACGAGCUGGCCUUACCCUCCUACCCUCGGCCUGUACGGGUGUGCGACAGGUGCCACUCCCUCCUGCUGCAGAGAAGCUCGUCCACAGGUUCCUGACAAAACACCUACAAGCUUCAACGUUUCUACGAGAGCUUUCUAACACUGCACAUACUCAUCCACUAUGAUUUUUAACGACUCGUGUUUGAAAAAUGUCAUCAAAUCUUGGGGGAAAUGUGAUUUGGUGUUCCAUUUCCACUGUUACCUGAAAUUCAGGAACAUUAGUUCAUCUGUAUUAAACAAGGGGCCACCUUUUAACACUGAUGGGAUGAGUGAUGUGUGUCAAAGGGAUAGUUCACCCCAAAAUCAAAAAUAUAUGUUUUUCUCUUCACGUGUGGUGCUGUGUAUCAAUUCAGAUUGCUUUAGUGUUAACUGCAGAGAGUUGGAAAUAUCGGCAGUCUUGAAUAUGUCUCUGACACACCAAGCCAAUGGUCAGCCUGUGUUUCCUUUACUGUUGGCACAAGUCCGCACUUGUCGGCUGCAGAUUCAGCAUGUUAAAUUUGUGUCAGAGCAGCAGCUCAGCUCAAUGCGUGAGAACAGAAACAGAAUUGAGGAAGGCAAAUUAACAGCUAGAGUCAAGAGGGCGUGAGAUGUUAACAAAUGUUGGGUAAGAUCAUUUUUUAGCCAAUUAGCCCUUUGUUAUUUUAACAGUGGGUUGUUUUGUUGUAGUGCUUAUGGGCUAACUAGCAUCUUGACUAUGUGAUGUCAGUCUUCUGUUUCCCUUUUUUUGAAUGAUGAAUAUAGACUACCGCCACCUGUUGGUAUGGAGAGUUAUUUCCUGUCACACAGGUGCAGAACAUGCAUGCCGGUUAGCCGUCUUAGUUUUAGUUAGCGGUUUUAGUUGUAUGCAGUGAAACGUAAUGGUUGACACACAGGCGACAUCAGGUGACAACAGUUGGCCUUCAUUGCCACUAAUUCUUUGAUGUCUUGCAUUUACUCAUGGAUGAAAAGCAUCCUCCUUGGCUGAGCUGUAAUGUUAGCUCGCUGAGUCAAACUAAGAUGCCCACUUCCUUAUGUGGUGGGUGUAGUUUGGCAGAAAGAAAAUAGUUCCUACAUGAAACUGUUAUCAUGAGUAACCGAGUCGUGAUUUCUGGAAAGAGACAUUGAGUCUUCAAAUAUAUUUGUUAGUGCUUUGAGCACCACAAGCUGAGUGCCAUCUAGUUCCAUUAUAAUCCCAGAGAAGGCAGCCUUCUCUACAGCUGAUAUCUCAAACACUCAGCAACAAGAUUGAUAAAUAGAACUACAGGUGAGAGGAAAAGAAUUUGUAUUUUUGAUUUUGGGGUUAACUGUCUCUUUGAAGAUACUCAAGGUAGCCUGGAGGUUGAAGUAGUUUAGGAUAUUUAUGUGAUCAGUGUUUCUUUGGGCUGGAAUAACAUCAGUUUUACAAUUUGGCAUCAUAAACUGACCAUUUUAAGUGUGUAACUUUUCUAAUUCAAACUGUGGAUGUAGAUUAUGUUGAGAUCCAUCAAGGUUCCUGUUGGUUUCUGAGGGUCACUUGUGUGAUCUUUAGUAUGAACUAUUCAUUGUACUUCACUUUGAUAUUAUUCCAACUUGUCAUACAUCUACUCUGUAAUAAUUUUCACAGCUACAGCCCCACUGCUGGACACAUGCAAAAUUAUUGUGUAAAUGACUGUAGAAUGUUAACAAAUCUAACUAUUUUAGAAUGUAUUAUUACGACAGGGUUUUGCGGAUUGUGUCAACUGCUACAAAGCCAUUUUCUUAAUUAAUUUGGGAAUGGUGACCAAAAGUUUUUUAUCUAGAUAUUUGAUAAAUGAAUAAAACCUCCUUUUUUGC